AUGAAUUUCUCAUCUUUAACAUCGGAUAGUAUUUUAAUUUUAUUGCUUUCUUUACAACGUAUUUGUCGUAAUUUAUCUAAUAUACUUAAUACAUUGGAAGUCGAUGUUAAUUCAUUUCGACGUUUAUUAAUAGAAGUUUCAUCAUCAAUUCCUGAAUCAUUAUCUUCAUCGAAUAUUGAAGACGAAACAGAAGAAGAAAAUAAUUAUUAUUAUUAUUAUGAAUUCGAACAAAAAAAAGAAGAUUUUUAUGAAGAAUUAUUUGAUGAACAACUUGAACCAAAACCAUUACGUAUUACAACACUUUAA